AAUUGCUCGGUCGCUGAGCUGACUCAAUAUCGAAACCUCGGACGCGACAUCACUUGCUCGUUCUGUCCAGCAUUUGAGGACGCCCCUAUGACCACCCGCUCGACCGUGGUUCCCCAAGAUGCCGUUGAUAGACGCCCGCGACAUUCUCGCCUUCCCCGGCGGCGAUAAUUCAAGCGACACCGUCAUCGGCAAUGUCCACUUCAACCUAACAACGCUCGACCAUUGGAACUACACGCUCUACUCCAACGGCUCCCUGUCCAACGGCUCGUGGUGUCUUCUGACUUUCCCACCGUAUACACCUUCGCUCAUCCUCCCCAAUGGCACCUUCGUCAAUGUGACCUGGUGCUGGACGCCCACCGAGCCCAUCGGAGUCCGCGGCGGCAUCGGGAUCGGGUACGCCGUCUUGUUCGGCAUCGCUCUAGUCCUGAGCCUCGUCAAUCUCAACAAACACGGAAAGCUCCAUCUUCCCGCCGAGAAGCGCUUCUUCCCCAUCGGGCGGAGAUGGCAGUGGUACUGGGCCGCGUGGGUGUGCGCCACCGGCGUCAUUAGCCUGCUCACCGUUGUGGAUGUGGACCGAUAUUUCCUCCCGGAACUGCCCAUUAUCCUGACCAGUUUCUUCUGGUUCCUUAUGCAGCUAGGCACAAUGGCGCUUGUUUGGGAGGCUGUUCGGCACUGGGGGAGUUGGAUGGAGCGGCAGUUUAUCGACCCCGAUCCUUUUGCUCUGCGGGACGACGACAGAAGAUCCAAGGUCGAGUUUUAUCUUCCGUUGAUCUUCUACCUCUUCUGGUGGCUGAACUUCUUCAUGAUUAUCCCUCGCAACUGGGGCCAGAUCGAACGUCAGCGCUAUCCCCAGCAGACCCUAGACGAAGCCGCGCCCGCCGCUACAGAUGCCCGCUUCAAAGCUGCCGCCUUCCUCCUCGCUGUGUGCUGGCUGAUAACGGCCUUCUCGUUGAGGCAUUCGAUCAAGCACUACUGCCCUCGCAACCGAGGUCUCUUCAACCGUAUCGGGGGCUUCGUCCGCUACGCACCUCUGCGGUUCAUGUUGAUCCUUCCCCUGGCUGCCGUGGUCCCGGCUUACCAGGCUCUUGUGGCGUUUGACUUUAACUACAGCCCGCUCAAAGUCGAUGGCAAUAGGCCGGCUAUCUACCUUGGGGCAUACACCCCGACUCUCCUUAUUCUCUACAUCCAAGCCCUCUUUGGAUUCGUUAACCCCAACGAGGACCUUGAGCUGCAACGCCAACGCCGUGUGCGGGGCCACGAACUCGACCGUGAAAUGGGCAUCGUGUACAAGCCUUCGUGGUGGCGCCGCGUCAAUGGCGAGAACCUGGACCCCAACAUGAGCAUGCGCGACCGCUUGGUCCAAAACGUGCGGGAGAUCCAUGGAAACAAGCCGCGGGCACCAAACACCGAGGGAGGCUUCGAUCUUCCUGCCGGUGGGCCCCCUGAUCCCGUGGAGAUGACGCCGGUCUCUCCUCCACCGCCCGCAGCUUCGCGGAUGGCCAGCCCGCGGACGGAGCUGCCCCAUAACCUGCCGUUCCCCCGGGGAGCAACAGCAGCAGAGCGUGUCGCCGCCUCUCCAAGGCGCGAGGAGCUGAUGAUGGACUGGCCGCCACCGCCCUCGUAUAGGGAUACGGUGGAAAAUAGCCGCUCGAACGUGGCGAGGAGCAUCAGUGCUCAAUCAUCUGUGUCUACCAGCCAACCGCCGCAGCAGAUCCGGAGUAUGCUGGAUGUAUAAAUGGAGAUCCUUCACAGGCAAGGAAUACUGCCCUCUUGUCCGGCUCCGCCGUCUUCUGAAGGCCUGCCUGGACAACAUUAGUUCUAAACACGAGGAAUCAGCCAUCCACCUAUUCCCACACCGGCGCUGCGAUAGACGUGUAAUGGCCUGGUGAU